AUGGUGGAGGAAAACUGCACCGUGGUGACAGAGUUCAUUCUCCAGGGACUAUCAGACGUCCCGGAGCUGAGAGUCUUCCUCUUCCUGUUUUUCCUUCUAGUCUAUGGGAUCACAGUUAUGAGCAACUUGGGCAUGAUUGCACUGAUUCAGGUCAGCAGUCAGCUUCACACCCCCAUGUACUUUUUCCUCAGCCACUUAUCCUUUGUGGAUUUCUGUUACUCCACCAUCAUUGUGCCUAAGACACUGGCCAAUAUCAUAAACAAGGACAAAUCCAUUUCCUUCCUGGAAUGCAUGGUGCAAUUCUAUUUGUUUUGUGCUUAUGGACUCACUGAGGUUAACUUGCUGGCUGUGAUGGCCUACGACCGCUUUGUGGCCAUCUGCAGCCCACUGCAGUACAUGGUCAUCAUGUCCCGGAAGCUCUGUGUGGAGCUGAUGUCUGGCUGCUACCUGUGUGGAACAGUGUGUUCUCUGAUGCACUUGUGUUUAGUUCUUGAGAUCCCAUCCUAUCGAUCGAAUAUGAUUAAUCACUACUUCUGUGAUCUACCCCCUCUCUUAUCUCUUGCCUGUUCUGAUGUCUCCAUGAAUGAAUUGCUUUUGUACAUUGUGGCCACUGCCAAUGAGAUCAUCGCCAUUGUGGUCAUCCUCACCUCCUACUUGCUUAUUCUCAUCACCAUCCUGAGGAUGCGCUCUGCAGAGGGAAGGCGCAGAGCGUUUUCCACCUGUGCUUCCCACUUCACAGCCAUCAUUGUCUUUCACGUAACAGUUCUUUUCAUUUAUUGCCGUCCCAGCUCAGGCAACAUUCUGGAUACAGACAAGAUAGCCGCGGUGUUCUACACUGCAGUGAUUCCCAUGCUGAACCCCCUGAUCUACAGCCUGAGGAACAAGGAUGUGAAAGAAGCUUUCAGGAAAGUGAUGGGAUUUAACCUACUUUCCAAGGGGCCAUUUUCUUAGCUGGACUUAAAGUUUCAAAAGGAACCUUUAAGGAUGGAUUUAAGUUUUGGUAGAAAUGGAUGAAUGGAAACCGGGGAAGGACAUUAGUGAACUAGGGUACUAUGCAUGAUUCUUUGCUGUCUACUCACCUUUUAGACUUCUCUUAAAUUUCCCAGAGAAGAACAUUGUUCAAAUAUAUCUACCAUCUUUGCUGCUAUCCUCCAGCCUCUGAGUGUUUUGAUCGGGUUUGUGGGAUGGUACUGUUAAGCCUCAUUUUUUUGAUUUGUGGUUACACAUAUAUGUUUCCAACAAAGUGCAUAUAAUGAGACAUGUCUUUACAACGCCCUUAAUGCAUAUAACCAUUCUUAUUGAGUUAAAUAAUUCCUUUUCUUCAGAGGAAUAACUAUACAUUUGUUUCAUAUUUAUAUAUAUGUAAAUACGUAUUAUAUAUAAACCUGAUGCCAUCAAGUCAAUUCUGACUCAUAGCGACCCUAUAGGACAGAGUACAACUGCCCCAUAGGGUUCCCAAGGGGAGGCUGGUGGAUUCCAACUGCUAACCUUUUGGUUAGCAGCUGCGCUCUUAGCCACUGUGGCACCACGGCUCUGAGCAUAUAAUACAUAGAUAAUUAAAUAUACAUAUAUAUAUUUUUUAAUUUGGACUGAGCUUCCCAUGUGUUUUUGGAUAUUUGUAGGAAUUAAU